AGUGUCACAUUUUUAGUGGAUUGGUUUUAUGAAUUUGUAAAAUUUGGUAAAAUAAUUCUAAAAAUACGGAUACAUAAAACACUGAAAAAUUAAUAAAAGUGUCUUUACGACUAAUUACGAUUGACUAUGUUAUUAACUCGUGCUAUUGUACAAUACUCUCCAAAAAUGUUUAAGUGAUUGGUGAUCAAUGGAUAGUGUUUUGGGGAAGUUAAUGCAAUAUGUAGCCAAAUUUAUUUUUUUCCAAUGAAAGGGUGGUCUAGUUAUAUAUAUAAAUUGCCAAGGACAUGUACAAAAUAAAUCUGCUCCACUCAAGUCAUUCGUCGAUUUCUGCAGGCUACGAAUCAUGCUCAUCUAUUGGCGAUGAACACUUGACCACACGAUGGAGCGUCAUGAUGGAUGGGGCAGAGGAGAGAUGGGCGCGCCCGAAAACGCCACCGAGCGAUCGCAGUCCGCUGAUCGUGAUCGAGUACGGAUCGAAUUCUAUGCCACUUACGACGUCAUGACGGGCGUCCGAAUAGCCGCCACCUUAGGCGGCUUUUUUGCUCUUAUGGUAUUUCUGAUCGUCUACAAAAGUAGAAGCAAAUCUGUUAAAGCGCUUAAUGACCCGAAAAUUGUAGAACUAGCAGAGGCUGUCGUUGCAGAAGAACAAGCGGUUGAAGAGGAGAGGCAAUUAACGGCCGCUUUGGAAGAGGCUUUAUCUGAGCGUAUACGUUCGCGGCCAUCCAUAACCGAAGAACCACCUUGGCCGCGAACUGCCCGAUUCGCAUCGUAUGGUGGAGGUUACGGUAGUUUGUUGACACCACCUCGUCGACUUUCGACGCUGCGUGGAGAUUCUCUACCAGGUUCAGCACUUAGAUUUGCAGAAAGACGUGCAUCUGGCGGGCCGCGGGAUCGUCGGUUGAGCUCUGCAACUUGUUCGAGUUCAGGAAGUUCGUAUUUAGAGCGUCGCGGCUCUUCAGUUGUUUGCGCGCUUCCCGAACGUCGCCUAUCACCAUGUCCUAGCGAGAGGCUCGCACCUCUCGCGUCAGUAGGAAGUGUGGGGCCCUCUUAUGCUGUGGAGUGUGAACUAGCAUCGGUAGGCGCGGACUCAGUGUUUGCGGAAGACGAUGUGGAUUCCACAGAUGACGAAGUGGAACAGUUUUCUACGGACAGUGGCGGCGGCGACGCAACUAUGGUCGGAGAGUGCACGGAGCUUGCGAACCGGCCUACGCCGUUGUCGUUGCCCUUAGAUCGGGCUUCCCAUUCUCGAGAAACGUUAUUCUAGUCGCUGAACGCGCAGUCAGCUGUUACUUAAUGUUACCGACAUAUUAAAAUAUCGACUUCUUGUUUUAACAUUUAUGUUUAAAAUUUAAUAUUAAACAUAUCACCUUGAACUUUAAAAAGGGGACAUAUCAUUUAAUUUUAACAAAUUCCAGUCUGACUUAAAUUAUACGAUUUUUUAAUAAUCAAGUCAACUUAAUUUUGAAUGUACAUAU